CACACACUUCAUAUUUACUGUUAAUCUUCGUUACCGUCAAGACACGAAAUAUUUUUGAAGUUCAUGAUAGGCGGUAGUAAAAUGCCGUGCAUGCAGUUAAUCUGUUUAUCAUUCGGCUUCUGCAGUCUGUGGGACAUCAGAAACGGACAUUGCAAGGAGAAUGUUGAUUCAAACCUGACCGCACACAUAGGCCAAGAAUGGCCAUUCUUCAUUGUGCCUGAACAAUCAGAGAAACUUAUGAAACCUGGAAAUGGAACCCUACGGCCCUGGCUUCUGGCAGAUGAUCAGAUUGUGUCUGUUGGUGCUGUUAAUCACUCAGGGAAACUAGGAAGUGCUGGAAGAUCAACUAGAAAAAAUGGAAGCAAUGUACAAGGUGCAUUUAAAAUUCCAGUGUCACAGUACACCAUGUGA